CAUUACAAUGGCAACCUCAGACUUUUAUGCUUCCCAUCUUGGCUAUAAAACGCGGAUAGUUCUGCACACUAGGGACUCCAGGGCGGAUUCCGCUCAUGCUGUAUCAGCAGCUCUUGAUCUUCUAGAAAACAUCAAGGUGCAAGCAAUCAUAGGACCUGAAACAUCCUCGGAAACAAAAUUUUUGGCCGUGCUUGCUGGCAAAGCCAAAGUCCCAAUCCUUUCUUUUUCUUCAAUCCUCUCUGGCACACACCCUUACCAUGUUCAAAUUAAGCCAGAUGAAACUUCUCAAUUCAGAGGGAUCGCAUCCAUCAUUCAAUCAUAUAAGUGGAGGAGUGUGAUCAUCAUAUAUGAGAACAGUGAUGAUGGAAGAGAAGUGUUACCUUACUUGGUUGAGUCUCUCGAAGUGGCAAAUAUUCAUAUUGCGAGUAGGAUUUCAAUUUCUCCUCUCUCUACUGAAGAUCAAAUAAACAAUGAAGUUCACAAGCUAAAAGCCCUGCAAGCAACCAUAUAUGUUGUUCACAUGCCACCAUCACUUUCUUCUCGCCUAUUCUUUAGUGCAAAAAGGCUCGGGCUGAUGAAUGAAGGGUAUGCUUGGAUUGUAACGGACAAUACAAUGAACCAAUUAUCUUGCAUGGAUUAUGAAGUGAUUGAGUCAUCACAAGGAGUGCUAGGUAUGAAGGCCUAUAUACCUUUAUCAAGCAAGUUGCACGGCUUCACAUUGAGAUGGAGAAAGAUGUUGUACGCAGAAAAUCAUUUGAUGGAAGAUAGGGAGUUAGAUGUUUUAGGCAUUUGGGCAUAUGACACAGUCUGGGCACUAGCCGAUUCUGCUGAAAGGGUAUGGACUGAAUCUGUUGUGCAUGUUGCAAAUGCUGAGAGCAGAACAAGACUUUUACAUGAGAUUCUAGGAUCAAGAUUCACUGGUUUAAGUGGCCAAUUCCAAUUUCUUGAUGGGAAAUUACAUUCUGAAGCCUUUCUUUUAGUGAAUGUUAUAGGAAGAGGAGAGAGGAGAGUUGGAUUUUGGACCCCAAAGUAUGGCAUCAUUAAAGAACUACCGUCCUCGAUCAAAGGGAGAAGCCUAUCUUCUUCUACUACACAAAAAGGUCUGGAAGCCGUUUUAUGGCCAGGGGUUUCUGCGACUGCUCCAACAGGGGCUAGAAAGUUAAGGAUUGCAGUGGUCAACACUAGUGGAUUUCCGGAAUUAACAAAAGUGCACUACGAUCCUGAAACCAAUACCAAGAGUUUCACGGGCUACUGCGUGGACGUUUUUGUUGCUGCAAUAAAUUCCCUGGAUUAUCACGUACCAUAUGUGUUUGAAGACUGGGAGAAUCCGGGGCAAACUUUCAGUGAUCUCAUGGACCAGAUAUAUCAUCAGGAAUACGAUGGCGCUGUGGGGGAUAUCACGAUCCUAGCACAUAGACAUGCAUUCGUGGAUUUCACCGUGCCUUUCACCGAUUUGGGGACUGGAACGGUAGCAAGACGUGAAAACCACGACAUGUGGGUUUUCCUGAAGCCCCUUCGAAGUAACCUAUGGUUUACGAGUGCUGCCUUCUUUGUCCUUACGGGACUGGUGGUUUGGACCAUUGAACAUCCUACCAAUGCGGAAUUUCAGGGUUCAGUUGCGCAUCAAUUGGGAACAAUCUUGUGGUUCGGCUUUUCAACCCUUGUAUAUGCUCAUAGAGAAAAGUUGACAAGUAAUAUGUCAAGGUUUGCAGUGGUUGUUUGGCUGUUUGUGGUGCUUAUACUGACUUCAAGCUACACUGCCACUCUGAGUUCUAUGUUGACUGUGCGACAGAUUCAAUUAGCAGGGCGGUCUGUGGGAUUCCAUCAUGGUUCUUCUAUAGGGGGAUUAAUCGCCGGCAAUCUAAAUUUAAGAGGGAUUAGCCCUAAUUACGCCACGCCUGAGCAAUAUGAUUAUGCUCUAUCACGCGGAAGCAAGAAAGGCGGGGUUGAUGCCAUAGUUGAUGAAAUACCGUACAUUAAGAUUUUUCUAGCCAAGUAUGGUGCUGAUUAUGCCAUGGUUGCAUCUCAAUCUGAGACUGCUGGUUUUGGUUUUCCGUUUCGAAAAGGUCUGCCGUUGGUAUCUGAUAUAUCUCAAGCAAUUGUUAAACUCAGGGAGGAAGGGAAACUCGAGAUGAUGGAGAAGAAAUGGUUCAAGAGCCAAUCACCAUUGAUGCUGGAUGAUGCAAGUCCCACGCCUAACAUUUUGAACCUCCAAAGUUUUGGCGGCCUAUUUUUUGUUAGUUUUAUUUCAUGUGUUUCAGUUCUUCUCAUACAUUUUACUUCCAUUUUACUCAAGAAGUUGCAGCUCAAGAAUAUCAUCAAAUUUCUUGAUGGAGGAAAAUUGGCAAUGUUGAUAAGCUUCCUAGCUGCAAGGAAUGGCAAUGGAAUUUGAGUAGUUGUUGCUACAUAACAAUU